CGAUAGACAGUAUGGCAAAUAAUGUGGAUAAAAGUAGAAGUAACCAAGUUCAAGUUGAAAAUCAAGAAGAACAACAAGAAAAGAAAUUGGGAUGUUGGGCCAAAUUCAAAAGCUUAUUUGAAGACAGGGGGUUUGAUUUGGAAUACGAAUACCGCUCUCCUGCGUUGCAUGCAUUUGAAACUGGGCGCCAUUCUGAUGGUUUCAGACGUGUCACUGAAAGACGGCUUUCUUCUGAGGAGAAACGGAAAUCUUUUCAAGAAAAAGUGGCACAUUUCGAAGAAGAGGAGAACGUUAACAAUUUCUAUGACCAAUUUUCUAAUAACGAUAAUUCGUUAGAAAUUACCGAGUCUCAAAAGAGACACACGAAAUACAGAAAUCGGGUGUCCAUUAGGCCCAGUAUUUUCUUGACGAAUAUACAAGAAGAAACAAACAGUAUUAAAGACUCUGAAGCGGAUGAGUCAGAAGAUGAAUUAGAAGAGAACAGGUCGCCGCCGCCCGCGCACAUCCCUACUGCCCUGCUCUACGCGCCGCCGGAGCCUCUAGAGCUGCUAUGCGUGUUCCCGGACCGUGCCUCCCGCGUAUGCGCAGCCGCGUGCGCGGCGGCAGCGCGCUCCGGCGGCGAGGCGCGCGCGGUGCGCACAGCGCGCGAGGCGCUCGACGCGCUGCGGCGCGACGGCGACGCGCGGCUGCCGCAUGUCGCCGUGGUUGACGCGCGGCAACCGCAGGCGCUUGAUGCUGCGAAUCUCGCCAGAACAAUACGACAAGCCAAGAACACUCAGCACAUAAUUCUCAUAGCAGUUGUCAAGAAAAGCGCCUACCUGAAAGAUGACUUCGCUACUCUGCCUUAUCUGGAAGUGGGUUUCAAUAGGGUGAUGGUGGAGACAGUAGGUGCGACGGCGUGGUGCGCGGAGGUGGUGCAGGCGCGAGCCGCGGCGGCGGCGGCGCGCGCUCAGAUCGCCUCCAUCGCCGCGCUGGCCGCCGCCGCCGACCGCUGCCGCGACCUCGUCGCCAUCACCGACGACCAGCAGAGGAUACUGGUGACAAACAAAGCCUGGUGCCGAGUGCUGGGCUGGCGGGCAGAAGACGGAGCGCGGCUCUCAGAUUCGGCGGGUGGCGAGGCUAUGAGACUGGCUGCUAGCGGCGCGCGUGAGUGGGAGGCACCGGUCACGUUGCGUCGACGCGGCGCUCCAGAUCCGCUGCUUCUGCCAUGCCGAGGUGCUUCUAUAGCCUUGAACAGGAGCACAUCCCACCUUGUCCUGGUAUGCGAGCCUGGCAAUGCCGCCGACGCCGGCGCGGCGCGCGGCUCGCUCCACUCCAUCCGGCGAGGUUCGCUGGACGUGCGUUCUGUGGCCUCUGACGGGCUACGGCGGACUUCGCUUGCCAAACUACAGGGGCUGCCACUUGAGGCUCCUAUCACUAAGGUGAUAUCCCUCCUAUCCACGGCCACAGACGGCGCCCCUCCAUCAACGAUAGCUUGCAUCGAGCGCGCCGUGGACAUGCUUAGAACCUCCGAGCUCUACUCUCCACAAAUGAAAGAUGAGCCCAAACUACGAGUCGAAGAUCCCAUCGCCACUGAUCUUAUUGGCGCACUGCUGUCGCAAGGACCAUCAAACGUGUUAUCGUCGCGGCGAAGCAGCAACGAUUCUACCGUCGUGCGCUCUCAGAACAACAGGACAAACAUCAAGCAUAAGACAUCAGGGCAGCUCCGUGAACUUCUUGAUACAGCUCUGAACUGGGACUUCGAGAUCUUCCGACUCGAAGAGCUAACACGUGGACGGCCGCUGGCUCAUCUCGGCCUCGCUCUCAUGGGAGGUCGCUUCGAUGUGUGUUCGGCUCUCGAGUGUGACGAGCGUACGCUGCUGCACUGGCUGACUGUCAUAGAGACCAAUUACCACGCCGUCAACACGUACCACAACUCGACUCAUGCCGCUGAUGUUCUUCAGGCAGUAGCAUACUUCCUCGAGAAGGACCGCCUGAAGACAGUACUGGAACCCAUCGAGGCGGCAGCUGCUCUCAUCUCCGCAGCAGCACACGACGUGGACCACCCCGGCACCACGUCCACCUUCCUCUGCAACUCGCGGCACCCGCUCUCGAUCCUGUACAACGACAUCAGCGUGCUGGAGUCGCACCAUGCGGCGCUCACCUUCAAGCUCACACUUAAUGACGACCGCGUGAACAUAUUCAAGAAUCUCGACCGCGACACGUACAAGACGGUGCGGCACAACGUCGUGGACAUGAUCCUGGCCACGGAGAUGACGCGUCACUACGAGCACCUCGCCAAGUUCGUCAACGUGUUCUACGCCAAGGGCAACGUGGGGGGCAGCAAGGAGGACAACAUGAAUACUGAUAUGGAUCCGCCUUCGCUGGACCCGGCAGCCAUCACUCAGCCGGAGAACGUGGUGCUGGUGAAGCGCAUGAUGAUCAAAUGCGCCGACGUGUCCAACGCUUCGCGGCCGCAGAAGUUUGCCUUUGAGUGGGCUAGAAGAAUUGCGGAAGAGUACUUCCUACAAACAGACGAGGAGAAGGCAAAGGACCUGCCAGUGGUGAUGCCGAUGUUCGACCGAGCAAGCUGCUCGAUCCCGCGCUCGCAGAUCGGUUUUAUUGACUACAUCAUUAAGGACAUGAUGGAUGCCUGGGCCGUAUUCAUCGACAUGCCGGAGCUGGUGACGCACGCGAAGCAGAACCACGCGCGCUGGAAGGAGCUGGACGAGGCGGGCGUCACCACCAUCGCCGACGUGCGCCGCGCGCAGCGCGCCGUCGCCGCGCCCGCCGCCGCCGCCCCAGACUCCACCGCCGAGGAAUAA